AUGGGAAAAUGUGACGAAGCUAAUGUCGAAGUGAACAUGGGGGACUCGGCGUCCCCCAUGAAACCUGAUAAUUUUACGUUCACUCCGCCUCCAGAGGCACCAGUGUUUGAGCCGACUCCAGAAGAGUUCUUGGACCCCCUGGCAUACAUCAGCAAAAUUCGACCCAUCGCCGAGAAGUCGGGCAUUUGCAAGAUCAAACCACCAGCGCAUUGGCAACCACCGUUUGCAGUAGACGUGGAUCGCCUGCGAUUCACACCGAGGAUUCAGAGAUUGAACGAGUUAGAGGCUAUCACUCGGGUCAAACUCAACUUUCUAGAUCAGAUCAUCAAGUUCUGGGAACUUCAGGGCUCCGUUCUCAAGAUUCCAACGGUGGAACGAAAACAUCUUGAUCUGUAUGCUUUGCAUAAGAUUGUUAAAGAAGCAGGUGGGUUCGAAGUAUGUUCGUCGGAGCGCAAGUGGUCGAAGAUCGCGCGCCGGAUGGGCUUCCCCCAGGGCAAGGGUAUCGGCUCCAUACUCAAGAACCACUACGAAAAGAUCCUGUACCGGUACGAUGUGUUCAAGAACAAUGGCGCCGUCGGAGAUAACAAGGAGACUAAAAUCGAAGUAAAGACAGAGCAGACGCCGGAGAAGGCGUGCAGCACGCGGUCGCGGUCGAGCAGUAAGUGCGCGGCCACCCCGCCUCCCGCGCCCCGGCGCUUCAAGCUGGAGCCGGACGCGCCCGAUGCCACGCCUGAAAAGGCCGCGCUCGCUACCGCUCCCGCCUCCGCGCCUGCUCCCGCUCCUCUCGAGUCCGCCGCUACACCCGUCAAGGAUGACGCUGCCACUGAGACCCGACGCAGUCCCCGCGAGAACAAGUGGAUGUCGGCCGGCGGCAGCUGCGGGGCGCGCGCUCGCGUGACGCGCUCGGCGCGCCUGCGCGAGCACCGCAUGUCCAACAUGACCGUGUCCGUCACGCCCGCGCCGCCCAACGAACUCGCGCCGCACCCCGACGACCCGCUGGCAAAAUACAUGUGCCACGUGUGCGGACGGGGCGACGUGGAGGAGCAGAUGCUGCUGUGCGACGGGUGCGACGACUCGUAUCAUACGUUCUGCCUCGUGCCGCCGCUCGCCGACGUGCCCAAGGGCGACUGGCGCUGCCCCGUCUGCUUAGUCGAGGAGGUAUCAAAGCCGACAGAAGCGUUCGGUUUCGAGCAGGCCUCCCGUGAGUACACGCUACAACAGUUCGGAGAGAUGGCCGACCAAUUCAAAUCUGAUUAUUUCAACAUGCCAGUACACAUGGUUCCGACAUCGACAGUGGAGAAAGAAUUCUGGCGCGUCGUAUCUUCCAUCGACGAGGAUGUCACCGUAGAAUAUGGCGCAGACCUGCACUCCAUGGACCAUGGCUCUGGUUUCCCGACCAAAACAAGCGCACACCUAUACCCCGGUGAGCAACAGUACGCGGAGUCGAGCUGGAAUCUCAACAACCUUCCUGUGCUAGAAGGCUCCGUGCUGGGUCAUAUCAACGCGGAUAUAUCAGGGAUGAAGAUCCCCUGGCUGUACGUGGGCAUGUGUUUCGCGACAUUCUGCUGGCACAAUGAAGAUCACUGGAGUUAUUCUAUCAACUACCUACAUUGGGGAGAGCCUAAGACUUGGUAUGGCGUACCCAGCUCAAAAGCGGAGCAGUUCGAAGCGGUGAUGAAAGCGGAAGCACCUGAGCUGUUCCAGCUGCAGCCUGACCUCCUCCAUCAGCUCGUCACCAUCAUGAAUCCUAAUAUACUCAUGAAAGCUGGAGUACCAGUGUAUAGGAUGGACCAGCACGCUGGCGAAUUCGUGAUCACAUUCCCUCGUGCCUACCACGCAGGCUUCAACCAAGGGUACAACUUUGCGGAGGCAGUCAACUUUACACCAGCCGACUGGCUAAAGAUGGGGCGCGAGUGCAUCCUGCACUACUCGACGCUGCGGCGCAACUGCGUGUUCUCGCACGACGAGCUGGUGUGCAAGAUGGCGCUGGAGGCGGACGCGCUCAGCCUCACCGUGGCGCUGGCCGCCUACCGCGACAUGCGCGCCAUGCUGCACGACGAGCGCAAGCUGCGCAAGGGCCUGCUCGACUGGGGAGUGACGGAGGCGGAGCGCGAGGCGUUCGAGCUGCUACCCGACGACGAGCGGCAGUGCCAGCUGUGCAAGACCACGUGCUUCCUGUCGUGCGUCACGUGCUCGUGCACGCCGCACGUGGCCUGCCUGCGCCACUACACGCAGCUGUGCACCUGCGGCCCUCACCACCACAAGCUCAGAUAUCGGUAUACACUAGACGAAUUGCCAGCUAUGUUGGAGAAAUUAAAGAAAAAAUCGGAACAAUUCCGGGAAUGGGCUGAAGCUGUACAAAAUGCAUUAGAUCCGGAUACUCCUAAGACUUGCGACUUGGACGGGCUAAGGGCACAUUUGAAACGGGCACAUGAUCUCAAGAUGCACAAAACAGAGUUGGUCAGAGCGUUAGAAACAGCCAUUGAAGACGCAGAGAAGUGUGCGUCAGUGAUUCAACAACUCGAUCUGAAUAAGAUGAGGACCCGGACCCGCCACCACGACCCCAAGUAUCGGCUGACGAUACACGAACUGACGUUGUUCGCACAGGAGAUUGAUGGACUCGCUUGCGUUUUGCCAGAAGGGUCAGCCGUUAAGGAAGUGUUACGUCAAACGUCGGAGUUCGAAACCCGUGCUACAGAAUUAUUAAGCAAAGAUCUCGAGAAAACGGACCCCUCUUACGUCCGAGAACUGGAGGAGACGGUGGAAUUAGGAACACGGCUCUGUAUAGUCCUACCUCAGCUUCCUCCACUCCAAGCUCGUCUGCAACAAGUGAAGUUCAUCGAGGAGGUGCGCUCGUAUAAGGAGGACUGCUCGACCCUCACGCCCGAGGUCAUCGAGAGGCUCUUGCAGGACGCUGCGAACGUUGUCCCACAUCAUAAAGUAGAAUUAGAGAGGUCAAACUUGUACAAGUUGAAAGCGCAAGUGGAGGAGUGGGAGUCGCGCGCGCGCAGCGUGCUGGUGGAGGGCGGCGAGGAGACCGUGGCCAGCACCAGCGCGGGCCCGCUGUACAGCACGCUGGGCGAGCUGCGCGUGCUGCUGGCCGAGGGCGACGACAUCGACGCCGCGCUGCCCUCGCACCACGUGCUGCACGCCGCCGUGCAGCACGCCGCCGACUGGCUCGCCAAGGUCGAGGAAAUGCAAUCCAAAGAGCUGUACCCGUACAUGCACAGCGUGGAGAACCUAGUGCGGAAGGCGGCCCAUAUCCCCCUGGCGUUGUACGAGAAGGAUCAGCUGGCGCAAGCCUUACAAUCUGCGAGGGACUGGAAACGAGGUGCCGCCGACAUGUUCCUAAAAAAGAACUGGCCGUACUCGCUGCUGGAAGCGCUGUCGCCCCGCACCGAGUCGUACGUGGGAGGGGCGGGGGCCGGGGCCCGGCGGCGGGCUCCGCGCGCGACCGCCGAGGGGCCCGACGCGGGGCCCUUCCUGCGCCACUUCAGCGAGGACUCCACGCCCACGGACAUCGUGGCCGCCUUCAAGCACGCCGAGCAGCGAGAGCUGCAGGCCAUCAAGGAGCUCAGAGCACGCAACUUGCGUAAGGAGGUUCGCGCGCCCGUGUCCGCGGGGGUGACGUUCUGCACGUGCCAGAAGCGGCAGUACGGAGUCAUGACCCAGUGUGAGCUCUGCAAGGAUUGGUUUCAUGCUUCCUGCAUAACGUCGGCAAAGGAGGAGAGAGACGAGUCGCCCGAGCGGGUGUUCAUGCCGUUUCCUAACACCGAACCUAAAUUCUUGUGUCCCGACUGUAUGAGGACGAAGAGGCCGAGGCUCGACCGUAUACUGGCUUUACUGGUGUGGCUGCAGAAGCUGCCGGUGCGUCUGGCGGAGGGCGAGGCGCUGCAGUGCGUGACGGAGCGCGCCAUGGCGUGGCAGGACGCGGCGCGCGCGCUGCUGGCCGCGCCCGCGCUCGCCGCCCUGCCCGCGCUGCCGCACGACUCGCACACGGCCCAGGCCAACCGGGAGAAGGCCGACAAACUUAACGCUGAACUGAAGAAAGCCACCGGCAGAGCGCACGACCACACCGUGUCACACAAUCAUAGAUCUUCAGCGAGCGUGGAGCACGCGUACAGUGCCACGCCGCGGUCACUGAGCACGCGAAUACCUCCAGGAUUAUUACAAAAAUUAGAAGAAUUAAUGUUAGAGGGUGAUUUAUUGGAAGUCCGGCUGGAGGAGCAGGCGCAGGUGUGGAGCUGCGUGUGCGCGGCGCGCGCGGCGGACGGGCGGCGCGCGGCGCGCACGCACGACGCGGGCCGGCGCAAGCGCCACUCGCGCGCGCCCAGGCACCCGCACCAGCUCAAGCGCACGCGCACCAGGCACCACAUGGGAACAGUACCGACGACAAAACCAACUCUAAAACGAUCCGCAGCUGCGACAACUACAACAAAUUAUCUCAAUAGAAAACAGGGCGCGUCGGGCUCGUCGGCGGGGCCGGGGCUGAUGAUGCGCAAGCACUACAUGGCGCGCCAGGAGCGACGCAAGCGCGGACUCGUCGCGCCCAGGGGCAAGCACCCGCGACAGGCGCGCCGAGCGGCGCAGCGCUCAGCGGCGGCGGCGGGCCCCAGCGGCGCGGCGCGGGCCAGCGCCAGCUCGUCCAGCGCCUCCUCCGCAGAGGACGACGAGGACUGCGCCGCCAAGGACUGCCUCCGCCCCACCGGCAAGGUGGACUGGGUGCAGUGCGACGGCGGCUGCGACCAGUGGUUCCACAUGCACUGCGUGGGGCUCACCAAGGCCGCGCUGCGCCCCGACGACGACUACGUGUGCGGCUCCUGCCCGGCCUAG